CCCUCUGCGGCCUGGAUGCAGCCUGGCCUGGCCGUCCAAGCUUCUCCUGCAGGCAACAGAUUAGAGAACAACACCCCAGCCCAAGCCCCAAGAUGGUCCAAACGUCAACCUGCUGCGGAAGGGGGAAGUGAAACCUGCUGGGGGUGGGGCCCCGGCCCGCCGCCCCAGGAAGCGCCGCGAGCCGCAGUGCACACGCACGGCCGAGACCCGCCGGACGCCGAGCCCAUGGCGGAGGCGCCGAGCCACCCCGACUCCGAGGAGCAGCAGGAGCUGCUGGUGGAAGAAGGCUCAGGGCUCGCCGCUCAGUGGAGCCUGGAGGAUGAGGAGGAGGCCGCCCGGGAGCGGCGCCGGCGCGAGAGGGACAGGCAGCUUCAGGACCAGGACGAGAAUGAAGGCGGCCCGGGCCCAGAGCAGCCGGAGCAGGAGAAGCUCCUGAAGCCCCCCGAUGCCCCCGAGCUGGAUGAGGAUGAAGGUUUCGGCGACUGGUCCCAGAAGCCGGAGCAGCGGCGGCAGCACUGGGGGCCCGGGGAGACCUCGGACAGCGGGGACCCCCUUCAGGGCGAGAGUCCGGAAGGGGAGCAGGAGGAGGACAGGCCCGGCCAGCACGUCUGUGGGAGCCCAGCCCGGGUGUGUCUGGAGGAGCUGUGCCUGAGCCCCGACUCAGAGCUUCAGGAAGAGCUGGGAUCAGAGGCCUCAGAGCCCAGAGGCCCCGCGGGACCCGUGCAGGGCAGCCCAGGCCUGGCAGAGACAGAGGAGGGGGACGUGCAGCCCCAGAGAUGCCAGCAGCCCCGGACCCCCAGCCCCUCUGUCUUGGAGGGGACCUCACCAGGCUCCCCUCCCCUGAGCCCCAGCACCAAACUCAUCGACAGAACUGAGUCCCUACACCGCUCCAUUCAGAAGAGUAACAGUGUGAAGAAGUCCCAGCCAGCCCUGCCCAUCUCCAAGAUUGACGGGCGGCUGGAGCAAUACACCCAGGCCAUCGAGACUGCUGGCCGGGCCCACAAGCUGACCCGUCAGCCAUCUAUUGAGCUGCCCAGCAUGGCCGUGGCGAGCACCAAGAGCCGGUGGGAGACGGGCGAGGUGCAGGCUCAGUCCGCCGCCAAGCCCCCCUCCUGCAAGGAUAUUGUUGCUGGAGACAUGAGCAAGAAGAGCCUCUGGGAGCAGAAAGGGGGCCCCAAGACUUCGUCGACGGUUAAGAGCACCCCAUCUGGGAAGAGGUACAAAUUCGUGGCCGCCGGACACGGGAAGUACGAGAAGGUGCUUGUGGACGAAGGCUCCGUGCCCUAGGCGGCCCUUCUCGCUUUCUGGAGACCGCUGGUACCACGGGCAGGCUGGCGGCACCACCUCACUCCGGAUCCACGCGCCUAGGAGCGGGGCUGGCCAGACGCCCCCAGCUCUGCUCUGCUGCUUCUCACAGCCCGCCCAGUCCCCCCACGCCACCCACCGACAGCCGCCACCACGGCCGCCUCUCGCUCCUGGACUCCCAGCCUCACCCUCUCGCAGCGCAGGAAAGGAAGGAACCCUGACUGCCGGUCGCUAAGGGGCGGCCCCCAGAGAAGAAGCCACGAGCCCCCCGGGAGGGCACGUGCCGGGGCCUCCGGGUCAAGAGCCACCAACCUCUCCGCUGCCCCCCACCCCCACCCGCCCGCCCGCUUACGGCCCCUCCAAUCUGCGCAGUAAACCUCCAUGUGUCUCCACAUGCUGGCUCUGGGGUCACCUGUGGGGGCCAUUCCCCCUGCACAGUGGGCGGCCCGGGCCUCUGCCCUGUCCAGGGGCCGCUGUGUGUGAGACUCCGGGGUCCGAGGUGUGUGGUUGGGGUGCAAGUGACGGGGGGGUUUCUGUUCUCUGCCAGGAUGUCUGUGGCCCUCGCCCCCACUCCAGGCCCAUUAUAAACCCUACAGACCCUG